AUGAAGGUCUAUCGCCUCGACGUCCUGUUGGCCUUAGGGCUUGCUGCGCUGGUAAGCGCUCGUCCAUGGCCUCCUCCGCCUGUAACGACUCCAUGCGAGACCACCACUAUAGCUCCUCCUCCGCCUCCACCGGUCUCAACCCCCUGUGAAACGACGACAACUGUUCCUCCUCCUCCGCCGCCACCAGUCUCAACCCCGUGUGAAACGACGACAACUGUUCCUCCUCCUCCUCCGCCACCAGUCUCAACCCCGUGUGAAACGACGACAACUGCUCCUCCUCCUCCGCCACCGGUCUCAACCCCCUGUGAAUCGACGACAACUGCUCCUCCUCCCCCUCCGCCAGUUUCAACACCAAGCUCGACGCCUGUUGUUCCCCCACCGGUGUCAACUUCUACACCUGUCGUUCCUCCGCCGGCAUCAACAACCCCAUGCGAGACAACUACUGUAGCUCCUCCUCCACCUCCACCAGUGUCAACCAGCACAGCUGCUCCUCCGCCUCCGCCCCCUGUCACCACCAGUGCGCCUACCAUUGUCAUCAGUACUUCAACGGUCACUGUGACCACGCCGUGUGAAACCUCUACAGCUGCUCCGCCGCCGCCACCACCACCACCACCACCACCACCUCCUCCUCCUCCUCCUCCUGCACACUCCACAACUGCAGUUGUCGUACCUCCGCCAGAGAUUUCCUCAGCCUCACUGCCUCCUGCACAAUCCACAACUGCGGUGGUAGUACCCCCGCCAGAGAGGUCCUCUGCCCCACCAGCUCCUCCCCCGCCUCAUGCGAGCGAAACAACCCAUUCUACAGCGCCGGCUCCUGUUCCAGCUCCUACAAAGACGAACCCCGCUCCUGUGGUUCCUCCUGCAAGCACGUCUGCCAAGACAACCUCUACAAGCGCGCCCCUCUCCACCGGAGCUGCCUCUGCAGUGUCGGUAGGCUCUGGCAGCGCCAUUGCGGCUGCUAUCAUGGUCGUUCUCGCCGUCUUCUAA